AUGCUUUAUAUAUUUACACAAUCUGAAUUUCAAAAAACGAUUCAGAAAAGCCACGGACUAAAAAAUUUGGGUCAUGCAUGCAAUACUCGAUCUAUGUAUCACUUAUCUAAUUAUUUGAACAUUCGUCAGGUUAUAUAAAUAGGGUUUAAAUGUGUAAUGUUUAAAUUCAUCAAGCUUCUUAACCUUAUAUAAGAACUUAGGUUGAAUACUGCAUGGAAAGUAAUCACUAUCGUUAACCUUUUUACCAUUUAGAACUACUUAUAGGUAAUUUAAGAUAAUGAUUGCGAAGUUUUGAUAGAUAAUGAAUUUGGCUCAAUAACUUUUCAAGUAACAAUUUCAAUUUAUCAUCCAGGUAUAAAAUGAAUUGAAGAUUUAAGUAUAAGGCACUGAAAAUAUAAGUUUGUCAGACCAGUAUUAUCACAUUGCAUGUUUUGAAUCAGGCAGAGCCAAUUAUUCUGGUCUAACUCAAAGCUUGGGAACUUAAUAAGUAAUUAAUUUUUUAUACACAAAUUUAUAUAAUAAACGUAUUGAGUUAAGCUUUUGUCAUAGUUCAGAAUCUAUAAAGAAACUCUUUAAGAAGUGUUUUGAUUACUAUUUUAUUUUCUAUAAUUUGAAGCUUUCGGAUAAACAUAGACUAUAAUUAUUCUUAAGUAAUAAAUAGUUUUAUGUAAAUAAAGCUGAUAAUGUGUUCUCAUUAGUUCCAAUUUGGCAUGACUUGUUUAAAAUCAAAAAUAUCAUGACUUAGAUUGAUUUUUAAAUUUUGUUUCAAAAGAAAAUGAGAAUAUAUAUAGGAAUACUUGUUAUUAUUGAUGAGGUAUUUCCGUUACUUAUUUUAAACUACAGAUAUGCAAAGAUCUUGUCACCUCUAUAAUCCACACUUCUGCUCUUAGAGUGUUAUAAUUAAAAAAUUAAAGGAUUUCAAAAAGAAAGAUAUGAAUAUUAUGGUUGA